GUCAAAAUAACAAUAAUAUUUUAACACGCAUACACAAAACAAAAUAUACCUACAAAGCGCGGCGAUAAUUGCUAGGCGAACAAAUGACCACCGCUGCCUCCACAUCGCAACAUGCCUCGUCGACGAUGAUGGCCGGCUCUGGAUCCUCCUCCAACACAACGACGCCCAGUAGCUCGGCGGUGCGCGCUUUGGCCAUGGAGUACAAGUCAUUGCAGGAGGAGCCGGUCGAAGGAUUUCGCGUAAAGCUGAUUAACGAUGAUAAUCUAUUUGAAUGGGAAGUCGCCAUAUUCGGGCCACCGGAUACACUCUACCAGGGCGGCUAUUUUAAGGCCCACAUGAAGUUUCCGCCUGACUAUCCAUACUCGCCACCAACAAUACGCUUUCUCACCAAAGUGUGGCAUCCAAAUGUCUACGAGAAUGGCGAUCUAUGCAUAUCCAUACUUCAUCCGCCGGUAGAUGAUCCGCAGAGCGGUGAGCUGCCUUGCGAGCGCUGGAAUCCCACACAGAAUGUGAGGACCAUUCUCCUGUCGGUAAUAUCACUUCUCAACGAGCCCAACACAUUCUCACCGGCCAAUGUGGAUGCAUCGGUUAUGUACCGCCGAUGGCGGGACUCGCAGGGCAAGGACAAUGAGUAUCCAAACAUCAUACGCAAACAGGCAUUGGCCGCCAAUGCUGAGGCCAAGCGAGAGGGCAUUGUGGUACCGAUGACUCUUGAGGACUAUUGCCUUAAGCCAGCACGCAAGCCCACAGCAGAAUCUGCCUUGGAUGCGAACUUCUACGAUGAUGAUUUUGAUCUAGAGACCGAGGAUUUCGAUGAGGACUUAGACUUAGACAGUGACUAGACUACUUUCUAGAACUUUCUGGCCGCGCAGAUGAUGCAAUCUUCCGAUGAUAGCGGCAAGGGCGAGACCACAUAAUGCAGCCAUGCAUCGCUAGAUCGCAUAGUUUUUUCUUUCUUUCACUCCUGCCCUAGGCGACGCGACACCGCCUCUUCAUUUCUCCAACAUUAUUACUAUGAUUAACGCUAAUUAUAGAAGUUUAAAAACUAACAAAAAAGAAGAAAUCAAACAGAAAAUGAAAAUAAUGAUUUACAUUACAUAGUUUAAACGAAUAAC